UCCCGUAGUCGUCAUGGUAACUGCGGCCUGCCACCAUGCGGUUUGUCGGGAUGCGCGCGCAACCCGAAUCGGAGAAUAGAUGCUCAAAUACGGGUGUUUGCCUUUUUUCCUUUCUAGUAAAUUUUGCCGGGCUUUUUUCCACCUCUGUGAAGUUGGGGGUGUUGGUAAAACGCGGACCGGACCGGAACGUAACCAGAUACCUAUUGCACGUUUUGUGGUUGUUUUGUACGGAGCCCCUUUGGGGACAUGCUGAUAUAUUUUUUUUAUCUCGUGCGCACGAGUUAAUAUCUCGUGCCCACGAGUUAAUAUCUCGUGCGCACAAGUUAAUCAUGGCUUAUGAUGUACGGAGCCACGAGUUAAUAUCUCGUGCCCACGAGUUAAUAUCUCGUGCGCACAGGUUAAUUAUCUCGUGCCCACGAGUUAAUUAUUUCGUGCGCAUGAGUUAAUUAUCUCGUGCGCACGAGAUAUUAACAUGCGUGCGCAUACGGCUGGAAUAAACAACAUGGAGACUCAGAAAACACAUCUUAUUCAGGCAUAUUUUAUGUUUGGCAUGGCUUAUGCUGAAAUAUUGCACUUUCUUUCAGCAAAGCAUGGCAUACGUAUGUCCAUGGGUCAUUUAAAAAGGUGUCUGAACGGAAUGGGACUGUAUAGGCGUAAACAUUAUUCGGAUAUAGCUGGUGUAGCCGAUUUUCUUAAAAAUGAGCUGAGGACAUCGAGUCAACUUCAUGGUUACAGAUGGAUGCACCCGAAAUGUGUUCAGUCUGGGUUUGUCAUUAAGAAGGAACUCGUUGGAAUUCUUCUACAAAUACUGGACCCUCAUGGUGUAUCCCUACGAAAGAAAAGGAAGCUUAAGAGAAGAGAAUAUAUAUCAAGAGGACCGAACUUCGUAUGGCAUUUGGAUUCUUAUGAUAAGCUAAAGCCAUAUGGAAUAUGCAUAAAUGGAUGUAUCGACGGGUUUUCUCGUCAUAUCAUUUGGAUGGAAGUAAAUAAAACAAGCAAUGACCCAAAUGUAAUCGGUGGGUAUUUCGCACAAGCUGUAUUGGAUACUGGUGGUAUACCAACUUUACUUCGAGGUGACAUGGGGACAGAAAACAGUCUUGUAGCUGACAUGCAGAGUGUCUUCGCAGGGGGAGACGGCAGGUUCGUCUAUGGCACGAGUCAGCACAAUCAGUGCAUAGAAGCAUGGUGGUGUAUUCUGCGGAGAAAGAACGCUCAGUUCUGGAUGUCCGUGUUUGAAGACAUCAAGACAGACGGACUGUUUUCCGGUGACCAUCUCAACAAAAGCCUAAUCCAGUUUUGCUUUUUGCCUCUGAUAAAGGAGAUUACAGAUCUUGUGAAUGAAUGGAAUACACAUAGAAUCCGUAUAAAUGCUGGGAGUAGAGGUUAUGGAGGGCGACCUGUCACACUUUACAACCUACCCGAAUUAUAUGGAACACUCGACUUCAAGUACCUUGUUGAAACAGAAGAACUGGACAUAAGUAGUAUAAGGGCCUAUCCACCCCCAUGACCUACUUUCCGUGAUCUUGACCUUGGUGUCUGGCCUUGGUGUGAGUCAUAGUGGUGUGUUCUACUAGGGUGAACGCUCGCCCGUGUCCCU